AGCGAGGGAGCGGAUUGGACGGGUUCGCGCAUACGGAAUACGUCGUUCGGGCCUUCCACUUGUGCAAAAGGCGCUGUGAGGGAGAGAAAGAGGGGUGGGGGGGCUUGACGUUCUUCUUCCCCCCCUCAGGCUCUGUUCGCCGCCCGGCGACCCGCGUCCCUCGAUGGCGGAAGGAGGGAAAGGCGGAUACAGCGAACAUGAUGAUCGUGUGGGUGGAGGACGCAGCAGCAACAGGGGUUUCUCUGGGCGGCGGAAGAAAGGCCGGGGCCCCUUCCGAGGAAAGAUGUACAGUGAGAUGAACCAUCAUCAGAAAAGCUGGAGCAGUCCAGGCUCUGGUCCUCGUAGCCGUAUAGAGGAAGAUGACGACGAUGUUCUCAUGAGUGACCCUCAUGAUGCACUACGAUCCCGCUACAAUCCUUAUGGGCAGCGGCCAAACAGACCAGACCGGGAGCGGGGCAACCUGAGCAGUUUAAACCUCACGGUGCGAAAGAAUCUGGGAUCUCCAGACCGAAGUUUUCCCAUCAGCAAUGCCUCCAGGAGGAGGUGGUUCAAAGUCACAAUUCCUUUUGGGAGGAAAUACGAAAAGUCAUGGCUGCUUAGUGCCAUUCAGAAUCAAUGUAAUGUUCCCUUCAUCCCUUUGGAGGUUCACUAUGCCACUAAUCGAGCUGUGUUUUAUGUUGAGGACCCUAAUGCUGCCAACGCCCUCAAGCACUUGUCUCGGAAAAUCAUUGAUGCAGAUGGCGGAAAGGUGGUCAUAUUGGUCAAUGCAUGUAGUCCACCACCAACUGUCCAGCAUGAACUGAAGCAAGAAGAGGUUGAACAGCUGAAGCUUUGUAUGAGUAAGAGAUACGAUGGUUCGCAACAGGCCUUGGACCUGAAGAGCCUUCGCACAGACCCAGAUCUGGUGGCUCAAAACAUUGAUGUGGUGUUGAGCCGCCGAAGCUGCAUGCUAACUGUACUGAACAUCAUUGAGGAGAACAUCCCUGAGCUUCUCUCUCUAAAUAUGAGCGACAACAAGCUAUACCGGCUGGAUGAAAUGUGUGAUAUUUCCCAGAAGGCUCCUAAUCUGAAAAUCCUCAAUUUGUCCUGCAACCAGUUGAAGUCGGAACGUGAUCUGGACAAGUUGAAAACAUUAAAGCUCGAGGAACUGUGGCUGGACAACAAUCCACUGUGUGAUAGCUUCCAGGACCAGUCCACCUACGUCAGUGCUAUCCGGUUGCGGUUUCCGAAGCUGCUGAGGCUGGAUGGUCACGAGCUGCCCCCUCCCAUUGCCUUUGAUGUAGAAGCACCUACUGCGCUGCCCGCCUGCAAGGGCAGCUAUUUUCCUUCAGAUGACCUGAAGGUGCUGAUUCUCCGAUUUCUGCAGCAAUACUAUGCUGUCUAUGACUCUGGGAACCGGCAAGGAUUAUUGGAUGCCUACCAUGAUGGAGCCUGCUGCUCCCUGAGCAUUCCCUUCAGCAUACAGAAUCCAGGAAGAAGCAAUUUGAGCGACUACUUCAAGAACAGCAGAAACGUGAAGAGACUUAAAGAUCCCACCAUGCGUUUCAGGCUUCUGAAGCACACACGGCUGAAUGUUGUGGCCUUCCUCAACGAGCUGCCCAAGACUCAACAUGACAUCAACUCCUUCGUAGUGGACGUCUGUGCACAACAGAACACAAUGCUUUGUUUCACACUCAGCGGGGUCUUUAAGGAAGUGGAGGGGAAGUAUCGGGAGCUGAUGCGGGCGUUCACUCGUGUGUUCAUUGCUGUUCCUGCCAGCAACAACGGGCUGUGCAUUGUUAACGACCAGCUGUUUAUUCGCAAUCCCAACAACGAGGACAUCCGCAAGGCUUUUGUCAUGCCAGCACCCACUCCCUCUUCUAGCCCUGUGCCCACACUCUCCGCAGAGCAGCAGGAAAUGUUACAGAAUUUCUCACUGCAGUCUGGCAUGAACCUGGAGUGGUCUCAGAAGUGCCUCUCAGAUAAUGAUUGGGACUAUGCUCAUGCUGCCCGUAUUUUCACCCAGCUCAAGGCUGAGGGGAAGAUCCCGGAAGUGGCUUUCCUCAACUGAGCGGUGGGCCCUGUCACCUUGACCAAAACUUAAGGAAACAGCAUUUUAUCCUUCAGAGAGACGUUAUUUUGUAAAUAAAUGAAAGUUUCACUGUGUAAAUUAAAAGACUCGCUCCCUUUUGCAACUGUGAAGGCUGAGGCCAUUCUCCACGAGGGUCGGAGAGACAGGCUGUGUUGAGCACAAAGUGGCAGCAUCUCUGGUACCCAUGGGGACGGAAGACAACAAGAAGGGUUGCUUUGUAGACUGGCUUUUUAGAGGACCGAGCUGCCCCUGUGCGCACCAUUUGGACAGUGAAGAGUCCCCCCAUCUGUGUUUCUUUUUCCUCUUUUGACUUUGAAUACCUGGUAUAUUUUUAAUGUGCGCUCCUCCGCUACUUUUUCUGCAGCAGUUGUCUCAGGAGUACUGUUUUGUAUAUCUCUAGCCCUAGGUUAAAGAGGAGUCAACAGUUCACGGCUUGAAGGUUUUAGAGCAUCUCCAGCCUUCUGAGGCUAAAAUAUUUUGUGCGUUGGGAAGAAGCAGGGCAUUCGUGUCGACCUGCUGCUGCUUCCGUGGACCUCUGGGUUUUCUUUUUUCUUAUUUUUUUAAAAUGGAUUUUUGGAACCAGCCUGAGCUCAGGCCCCGAAAGGCAAGUCCCUAUAAAGUGCUGCCCCUAAAAUGGGUGCUGCCUCACUUUCCCUGGCUCCUGGGAUUCUUGCUGUUGCUCACCACUUAAAAGAGAUAGGAAGCAUGGGUUGGCAUGCUCAGCAAGGUGUAGCUUCUGUGUUCCUCCUCUGCCUGUAGUUCUUUCAAACCAGCUGUUAGUAAAAAUAAUUAUUAUUAAAAA